AUGGGUUUUUUUCUCAGCUGUUGGGAUACGAUUAAAAGUGAUGUAUUCAAAGCCAUUCGCAGCUUCUUCUUCAAGCCCAGCCAGCUUGCUCAGGUCAAUCAGACUAUCAUUUGCCUCAUCCUUAAAAAAGAUGGAGCUACCUCCCUGUCUAUUUUUAGACUUAUCUCCCUUUGCAAUCUUCUUUACAAGUUCAUUGCCAAGAUCCUUGCCAAUAUAAUUAAGGCUGUUAUCCCUCUCUCGUCAGCCCUAAUCAAUCUGCCUUUAUUUCUAAAAGAAGUAUUGCGGACAACAUUAUCCUUUGCUCGGAAAUUGUGCGAGGGUUGGAAUGCCUUUUCUGUGCUUUCCUCUAGAAAGAGAAUGAUUCUUCCAAAUUCCUCCGCCUUACUUGCUGGAAGUCCAUCUGCCUCCCCAAAUCUGAAGGAGGUGAAGCGACUUCUGGAUGAAGGCAUGGAUGUUAAUGUGGCUGCAUGUGGCCCGAAAUCACAGGGGGUUACCCCUCUCCACCUUGCCGCUCACGGUGGCCACCUCAAAGUGAUGGAUGAGUUGCUUGAACGCGGAGCAAACAUUGAUGCAAGAACGAAGGGUGCAUGUGGUUGGACGCCUCUGCACAAUGCUGCUAAGGAGCGAAAGAGGGAGGCAAUCAGAUUUUUAGUCGAGAAUGGAGCAUUUCUGCCACCAGACAUCAAUGACAACAGGUUUAAUCCCCCUGCCCAUUACUGCCCUGGUCUCGAAUGGGCAUAUGAGGAGCUGAAACGGCUUCAAGAAGGAAAUCUCUCAUCUACUGGCGAGAUUACGGACAGCUCUGAAAGCUAAACUUCUAAAGUAUCCAUCCAAUGCCCACCAAA